AUGCCUCUCCACACACUCCGCGAGCUGGACCGCACCGACGGCACGGUCCAGCUCCGACAGGUCCAUCACCACCAUCAUGACGCUGCAUCGCCGUCCACAUCGACCGACGACCUGGUCCUCGUCCCGCGGCCGUCGCCCACCGACCCAAACGACCCGCUCCGCUGGCCGCCCUGGAAGAAGCACGUGGCCUUUGGGUCUGUCUGCGCGUUUACCUUCUUGACCAACUACGCCAUUGGCGGCCUGGCCCCGGCGUUUUACAUCUUGUCGCUCGAGUUUGACAAGACCAUGACCGAGACCAGCGCGCUGCUGCUGUGGCCGAUUCUGGUGCUUGGCGUCUUCAACUAUGUCUGGGUGCCGCUUGCCAACUACACCGGCAAGCGGCCCGUCUUUGUGUUUGCGUCGGCGCUGCUGUGCGCCGCGUACAUCUGGGGCGCGCAGGCCGCGACGUUCGACUCGCUGCUGUGGUCCAACAUUGUGGGCGCGGUGGCGGGCAGCACGACCGAGGCGCUCGGGGCCAGCACCGUCAACGACUUGUACUUUCUGCAUGAGCGCGGCAGCCGCAUGGGCGUGUACAUGAACAGCAUCGCCGGCGGCAACACGGUCGGGCCGCUGGUCUGCGGGUUCCUGGUGACGUCGCUGAGCUGGCGGUGGCACAAAUGGAUCGCGGCGAUCUUGACGAGCCUCAACUUUCUGGCCGUCCUGUUUUUCGUGCCGGAGACGCGGUACCUGCGCGACGCCGACCAGAACAUCGGCGCCGGCGCGAGCGUGGACGACGUCCACACCCGUGUCCGUGUCGGUGGUGGUGGCGGUGAAAAGACGUCUCCGUCGGUGGGUGUCGCCCCGGCGACGACUUUGACGUGGACCGCGUCGUCGGCGGCCCCGGCCGUCCCCAAGAAGACGUGGCUCCAGGAAGCCCACCCAUGGUCCGGCAUCACCCCCGGCACGUCCCUACUGCGCAUGUUCGCCCGCCCCUUUCCCAUGUUCGCGUACCCCUGUGUUGUGUUUGCCUUUUUGGGCUACGCCGUCGCCCUCGUCCUCACCGUCGCCGUCAACAUCUUGAACUCGUUUGUCCUGCAGGCCCCGCCGUACAACUGGUCGCCCUCCGUCAACGGCCUCAUCAACAUCCCCGGCCUCCUCGGCAACCUGCUGGGCGGCUGGGCUGGCGGCGGCCUCGUCGACCACUACUGCGACUGGCGUCUGCGACGGCGCGGCGGCGUCUUUGAACCAGAGAGCCGCCUGGUCUUGCUGGUGCUCCCGGCCGUCAUCACCGGCACCGGCUGCCUGCUGUUCGGCUUCGGCGUCCAGCAGACCCUGCACUGGACCAGCCUCUUCUUUGGCUACGGCAUGGUCUCCUUUGCCCUGACGGCCGUGCCCACCAUCACCAUGGCCUAUGUUUCGGACUGUCUGCUGCCGGUCAACGCGGACGCCCUCAUGCUCGUCAACGGAACCAAGAACGUCGUCGCCUUUGGCUUUCUGUACGGCAUCGUGCCCUGGGUCGCCGAUGUCGGAUACGCGGCCUGUUUCGGCGCGCAGGCCGGCAUUUUUGUCGCUAUAAUCGCCAUAGGUGCCCUGCUGCUGCUGUACUUCGGUGCCGCCAUUCGCCACCGCCAGGCACAAUGGCGGAUUAUCCUUUAG